UUGGAAAGCAAUCGUCUAGAGAUUUUUUUUUCUUAUUCUGUAUAUAACUGGAACACUAGGGUUUUAUCGAAUCGAUAAUUGAUUCGAGUAGUCUCGGAAGAAGUAGGACUUGUUGUUCUUAGUCAUAGUCGAUGAAGAUGGAUAUUAUUGUUGGAGUAGACGAAGAUGUUCAUUUAUUAGAUCCCGACCUCUUGCAUCUCCCUUCUUUGUCUCCUUCUCCGCGCUCUCGUCAUAUUGCUGAUGAACUUUUCUCCCACUGGCUCUCCCUCCCUGAAACUGCCUCAUUGGUCAAGUGUUUGAUUGAUGACGCUAAAUCUGGAACACCAACUAAGAGUUACCCCACCACCAUCAAUGUUCCUGGUCCAACAACUGCUUUGCCAUCUGUCUUUCUCAGCAACGGCACUCCCCCACGCAGCUCCCCUGGUUCUCCACGCUUCUCGAGGCAGAGAGCUAGCCCUCCAUCUCUCCGCUCUCCUCUGAGAUCAGUUAAGGAACCUAAGCAAGAACUCGUUCCUCAGUUCUACUUCCUCAAUGGGCGUCCACCAGCGAAAGAGCUAAAGGAGCAAUGUAUAUCCAUGGUUGAUCAUUUCUUUAGUAACUCUAUUGACGGACUACAUAUCGAUGAAUUCAAAUCUGUUACGAAAGAAGUCUGCAAGCUCCCUUCUUAUCUUUCUCCCGCGCUUUUCAGAAAGAUUGAUACCGGUUGCAGCGGUGUAGUUACAAGGGAUGCAUUUAUCAAGUAUUGGAUUGAUGGAAAUAUGUUGACUAUGGACACAGCCUCCCAGAUAUAUAAUAUACUAAAGCAGCAGGACUGCAAGUACCUCAGACAGGCAGACUUCAAACCACUUCUGGAUGAGCUUCUGGCAACACAUCCUGGCUUACAAUUUCUGAACACUACAUGCGAAUUUCAAGAAAGAUAUGCUGAAACGGUCAUCUACAGAAUAUUUUACUACAUUAACAGAUCCGGAACUGGCUGCCUUACUCUUAGAGAGCUGAAACGCGGAAAUCUUAUUGCUGCUAUGCAACAGCUUGAUGAAGAAGACGACAUCAAUAAAAUUAUUAGGUACUUCUCCUAUGAGCACUUUUACGUGAUCUACUGCAGGUUCUGGGAACUUGAUGGUGACCAUGACUGCUUUAUCGAUAAGGACAAUCUCAUCAAAUAUGGUAACCAUGCCCUUACCUACAGGAUUGUUGAUAGGAUAUUUUCUCAGGCUCCUAGAAAAUUUACGAGCAAAGUUGAAGGGAAGAUGAGUUAUGAAGAUUUUGUAUACUUCAUUCUCGCCGAGGAAGACAAGUCAUCUGAGCCUAGUCUUGAGUACUGGUUCAAGUGCAUUGACUUGGAUGGAAAUGGGGUGAUCACUCCAAACGAAAUACAAUUUUUUUUCGAAGAGCAGCUGCAUCGCAUGGAAUGCAUAACCCAGGAACCUGUUCAUUUCAACGAUAUCCUAUGUCAGAUCAUUGACAUGAUUAAACCAGAGGAGGAGAAGUGUAUCACCCUCCAGGAUCUGAAAGGAUCCAAACUUUCAGGAAACGUCUUCAAUAUACUCUUCAACCUUAACAAAUUCAUGGCUUUCGAAACACGUGACCCUUUCCUCAUUCGCCAGGAACGGGAGGAUCCAAGUUUAACAGAGUGGGAUCGCUUCGCUCAGAGAGAGUAUGUGAGAUUGUCAAUGGAAGAAGAUGUGGAGGAAGUCUCAAAUGGGAGUGCGGAUGAACCACUGGAACCUCCAUUUUAGUUCCGAGUGGUCCCUGAUCAGAGAUUGGAGUUUAAAGCUUCUGGGAGUGGGGGAGAUUCGAAGAGUGCACAUUUCUUGAAAAACAAUUUUGUCGCUAAACAUUACAUUUGAAGAGAAAAAAAGAACAUUUUAUAUAGAAGAUGCAGAUCACGCGUUUAUAAUAUGAGACACAGUGAGGAUUAGAUACUGUUGGCCGUAUAAGGAGUAUAGAUUGUUCAUAAUCUUGUGGUUU